AUGGACAGGUGCGCGGCCGGCCAGAGUUGCCGUGCAACCCGAUUCCCGUCGCUGUCGCCAACGCAGCAAUCCAUUGCCACGACUGUCAGCCAGGCAUCCUCUCGCAAUGCCGUCUCGAAUCCUCAACGGUCACAUGGGCUCGUCGCCGCUGCGCCUGGUGUCCGACCUGUGAGCGCGAUCGGCGCCGUUAUCCCCGCAUCCGUGCCGCAUAAGCAGGAGCAGGCGGCAGGCGCGGCGGCGGGCGCAGGCGGAGUGGCGGCGGGGGGUAAGCGCAAGGGGAAGAAGUCCGGGCGGGAGCGGAAGGGGGGACGAGAGGCGGCGACGAUGGAGGUGGAGGAGCGCGAGGCGUGGGCGCGCGGGCUGCCCGUGGUGCAGGAGCGCGUGCCGUACUCGCAGGUGGUGGCGCUGAAAAGGUCAAACGAGCUGAAACACAUCAUCAAACACCCGCAGUCGUCGCUGCAGUCGGAGCCCGAGCGGGUGUUCCUGGUGCUAAAGGACGACCGAGUGGUGCGCUGCAUGCUGCCGCCCCUCGACCGCGACCCCGCCUUCUGGGCGGCAUGGAAGGAUCUCAGUCUAGAUUCGCUCACCAUCAACGCCUUCUCGCCGCCGCCCGCGCCGCCCGUCAUGCAGCCCUGGGGGCUCUGGGGUCCUUCCUUGAAGUUUCUGCAGGACUGGGGUCAGGAGCGUUGGGGGUCGUUCUACAAGCAAGCGGCUAAUAACGAGGGCGUGCGGUUCCUGAUCGGGGCGGCGUUCUUUGUCUUUUUCUACUUUGGGAUUAUUGUGAAUGUGAAGAAGAAGCGCAAGGAUUACGAGGAUCGGAUCAAGUUGGAGCGGGCGGCGGAAGAGGAGAGGAGGAAGAUGGAGGGGUGGGAGGAGGAUAUGGAAGAGAUGGAAGCGAGGGAGGAGGAGGAGGCGGAGCGGGAGAAAGAGAGAGAGAAGAAGGGCGGGAAGAAGGCUGGGGUGGUGGUUGCAAAGGGGAAGGAUGGGAAGGAGGCGGAGGAUGGGAAGGGCGAGGGGAAGGGCGAGGGCGAAGGGGAGGGGAAGGUGGAGGAGGAGAAGAACCAGGCGAUUCUGGCCGGCAUGCGCUUCAUGCGGUCCGGGGCUAAAGUGCGGCGCGCACGCAAGGGCAAGCGCACGCGUCGCCCCACGUACCUGGACAUGAGUGCAGAGGUCAAGUUCUCCGACGUGGCAGGUCUGGGUGAGAUCAGGCGAGAGCUGGAGGAAGUGGUCGACUUCUUCCAGUCCGCUGAGAAGUACCGCCGCCGCGGCUCCAAGAUCCCCUCGGGCAUCCUGCUGUGCGGCGAGCCGGGCAGCGGGAAAACUCUGCUCGCGAAAGCAGUCGCAGGAGAAGCAGGAGUGAGCUUCUUCUCGGUGUCGGCGAGUCAGUUCGUGGAGAUCUUCGUGGGCGUGGGGGCCAGCCGCGUGCGCGCGCUGUACAACGAGGCCAGGGAGAACGCCCCCUCGGUGGUGUUCAUCGAUGAGCUGGACGCGGUGGGGAGACAGAGAGGGCUUACAGAAGGAUCUGGUGGACAGGAGAGGGACGCUACUCUGAACCAGCUGCUGACGUGUCUGGAUGGCUUCGAGGGCAGAGGUGACGUCAUCACCAUAGCAGCCACCAACCGGCCGGAUAUUUUGGACGCUGCCCUGGUGCGGCCGGGCAGGUUCGACCGAAAGAUUUACAUCCCCAAGCCAAGUCUCAAGGGGCGAGCUCAGAUUCUUGAGGUGCACAGCCGCAACAAGGUGCUGGACGAUGACGUGGACUUUGAGGCGGUGGCGCAGGUGACAGAUGGCAUGUCGGGCGCUGAGCUGGCCAACGUUGUUGACGUGGCGGCGCUCAGAGUGCUGCGAGAGAACCGAUCCGAGAUCACAACAGACGACAUGCUACAGGCCGCCAUGCUGGAGGAGGGGGGGUACCCCUCCCCCCACGAGGGCAGUCCAACCAGGCAGCGCCAGCUGGCACUCAACGAGGCGGCGCUGGCCGUGGUGGCGUUCAACUUCCGCGACUUCCAGAACAUUCAGCUGAUCACAGUGGUGCCGCGAAUGACGGAGGAGAAGGGUUCAGUGCGGUACAAGCUGGCGGACACGCAGAAGAUGAAGGCCAACUUCAUCUCCGCCUCGUGCCUGCGGGACUUCAUCACGGUGCAGCUGGCGCCCAUGGUGGCCGAUGAGAUGUGGAACGGCGCAGAGGAGACAUGCACCAUCUGGGCAGACCACGCUGACGUGGCACGCCGCACGGCGCGCCAGGUGGCUCUCAACGGUUUGUCAGCUCCAAGUGAGGAGGGUGCGCUGUACGGCAUCGGCGUGGCGGCGGUGGAUGCACCGUGGCGCCGCGAGGCCGUUGAUGCCGAUGCUUCGCGCAUUCUCGAAGAGUGCCGCACGAGAGCUGCUCAGGUGGGUGCAGCUGGUGUGAUUCUGCGGCGCAACGGCAGCCUGGUGGGCGCACUAGUGGGCAAGCUCCUAGUGGGCAAGCUCCUAGUGGGCAAGCUCCUAGUGGGCAAGCUCCUAGUGGGCAAGCUCCUAGUGGGCAAGCUCCUAGUGGGCAAGCUCCUAGUGGGCAAGCUCCUAGUGGGCAAGCUCCUAGUGGGCAAGCUCCUAGUGGGCAAGCUCCUAGUGGGCAAGCUCCUAGUGGGCAAGCUCCUAGUGGGCAAGCUCCUAGUGGGCAAGCUCCUAGUGGGCAAGCUCCUAGUGGGCAAGCUCCUAGUGGGCAAGCUCCUAGUGGGCAAGCUCCUAGUGGGCAAGCUCCUAGUGGGCAAGCUCCUAGUGGGCAAGCUCCUAGUGGGCAAGCUCCUAAUCCUGCGGCGCAACUGCAGUCUGGCGGAUGCACUAGUGGACCAGCUGGUGGAGGUGAAGGCGAUGGGCGGCGAGGAGUCUGCCAGCCGGCCGCACACCCUCACUAUUCCAUUCCCACGCCUCCCCGAUUCCCCAUUCCGCACCUCCUCAACUCAGAUCUUGAGGCGCAACCGCAGCCUGGUGGAUGCACUAGUGGACAAGCUAGUGGAGGUGAAGGCGAUGGGCGGCGAGGAGUUUGCCAGUCUGGCGCGGCAGUACGGGUCGUUUGACACGCCGCCGCCCUCCCCGGUGGAGAUGCGGGACCGCCAGCUGGCACGGUUCCGAGAGGCCAUGAUGGCUGGGGAGAAGGAGCGGGCGGAACAAGUGCUUCUUGCUGACCCUGUUGCCGUGGAAUGA